CCGACAUUCGUUGACAGAGCUGGCUGUCCUUCACUCCGACGUAAUACCAUGGCGAACGGGCCGCCAACAGACGUUCCUCCUCCUCUGCAGGACAUACCCACAGCCAAGGAGAAGAAGUAUGACAGACAGCUGAGACUCUGGGGUGCCGCAGGACAGAUCGCGCUGGAAGAGAGCAACAUCUUGCUCAUCAACAACGGCCCAGGCGUCACCGGCAUCGAGACGCUCAAGAACCUCGUCCUCCCCGGAAUCGGCACCUUCACCAUCCUUGACUCCGCUAUCGUGGAACAGGCAGAUCUGGGCGUCAAUUUCUUCCUCGAAGACGCAUCGCUGGGCAAGUUCCGCGCCGAGGAGACGGUCAAAUACCUCGAAGAGCUCAACCCCGACGUCAAGGGACAUGCCAUCACCGAACCCAUCGCGAGCUGGGCUGUCAAGGACAAGAUCCUCUCGCCAUACACUCUGCUCUUGAUCGCUGCCCCUCUCGAUCCUGCUAUUCUCACGCUCCUCCAAACACACAUCCAUGCUCUUCAGGUCCCAACCUUCUACAUUCACUGCUUGGGCUUCUACACACACUUCUCGCUCUACCUCCCACCUGCCUUUCCCAUCGUCGAAACACAUCCCGACCCGACUGCGACCACAGACCUCCGGUUGCUGAAGCCAUGGCCAGCGUUGAGCGAGUUUGCGAAGAAGCAAACCAUGGACAUGGACAAGAUGAAUGGGGAGGAGUUCGCCCACAUACCCUAUGUGUGCUUACUGUUACACUACCUUGAAAAGUGGAAGGCAGCACAUGAUGGGAAGCUACCCGAAUCAUACAAAGACAAGACGGCGUUCAGAGAGCUGGUCCGGUCGGGAAGUGGGAGCGAGGAGAACUUCGAUGAGGCCUGUGCAGCGGUCCUGAAGUCGCUUAACCCACCCACGCUACCCUCGACAGUGCGAGACAUUCUGACUGCACCGGAGACGUUGCAGCUGACGCCAACCUCUCCGCCAUUCUGGCUGAUUGCCAAUGCGGUUCAGCAAUUUUACCAAAAGCACGCCCAGCUUCCUCUUCCAGGAGCUGUGCCCGACAUGAAAGCUCGAUCUAACACAUAUAUUGAGCUGCAGAACAUCUACAAGACCAAAGCUAGAGACGACGUUGCCGAAGUUCUCGCCCAGGUGCGAGCUCUCGAGCAUUCCACGCAGCGUUUGCCUUCCUUGCCAGCGAUUGACGAAAAGGAGGUCGAGCUCUUCUGCAAAGGCGCUGCGCACAUCUCAAUGGUCCGCGGUAGGCCAUUCCAGGUGGUGCAGCCUGGUGUAGCAAUUGCAUUCGGCGAUCGAGCCAAAUACGUCUACAACAAUCUGACCAAUCCUGAAAGUCUGGUUGGGCUGUAUCUUGCCUUUCUUGCAUGGGACGAAUUCUGCGCUACGCACACUUCUGAUGAAGCAGGUGGCGAGGCACUGCGAGUCGCGGGAGCUGGCGACGAAUUCGAACAGGAUGCAGAAAAGUUGACUGGGAUUGCUUGCAAGCUGGUUGAUGCUGCCAUCAGUGAAGCAGGCACUCGAAUCGAAGACCCAGAGUACAGUGACAUCAAGCAAAAGGUAGGCCAAUACUGCUUGGAACUUGCCAGGGCCGGUGGCGCCGAGCUCCACAAUAUUGCCUCACUCAGUGGCGGACUGAUUGCACAAGAAGUGAUCAAGGUCAUCACGAAGCAAUACGUGCCUAUGGACAAUACCUGUUUGUACGAUGGUGUCACGAGUCGGACAUGGGUGGGAAGAUUCUGAGUCUGGGUUCUGGCAGCUCGGGAAAAUGAGAACCAUGCCCGGAUGACUAUUAUGAGAGAAAAAAAGAAAAAAAAAUCCCCCCAGGUAUAGCACUUAACCAGACGAGUGAGGGCAGUACCAACUACCUACCUUGCCAAGAAGAGAGGAGAAGAGGGCCGGAAGAGGCUCGCUCAUCCAAAAAGCCGCACGUGCAUAAAAGCGCCUGCUUGAUGGCUACAUGUACCUACCUGACAUGUACUUUACAUGUAUUUACCUCACAUGUAUUCGAAUUUACACUCCAC